AUGGGUGCCACGGAGAUUGCAAUCUUUCCUCUCCAGGAGGGCAAGUAUCCUGACGAUGCCAACAGCACAGCAGGUCAAGUGCUCAGGGAUACCCUCAAUACCUUGACCGAGCAACCUGGCUUCCAGAGGGCUUAUUGGGGCCGAGAGGUUGAGAACCCAAUGACGCUGCGGUUGUUCGUUGACUGGGAAGAUGUCGACGCCCAUAUCAGCUUCACAAAGAAAGACCACUACAAGCCCUUUCUGGAGAGAUUCGGCCAGAUUGCUGUGCUGGACAAAGCGAAGCUAUUCCAUGCUCACCUGUCACCUCAUCCACCAGAUGAGGCCCUCUCUGAUCACGUCUCACCAGUGACUGAGAUUUUGAACCUAUAUUUCCCUACCGACUACUCGGACGCUGACCAGAAUACACUCGUCGAGAACAUGAAGAAGAUGGUCUCCAUCAUCGAGAAGGAGGCAACCACACAAAAAGCUUCAGCAGGUGGAUGGGUCGUAGAGGAUAUUGAGAUCCCAGGUACAUCAGAGAAGGGGAAGUGUUAUCAGGCAUUUAUCGGUUGGGAUAGUGUUGAAGCUCAUAUGGACUUUCGAAAUCACCAAGCAUUCAAGGACAACAUCCACCUGUUGAGGCAGGCUAAGGACUUGAAGCACUUGCAGGUUGUACACUACAGUGGUACCCAGGUCAAUAAGGGAGCCGGUGGUGUGGCUGAUCUUGGAGGUGAUGCAUCCACAGCCAUUCAAGGCGAGGUUUUGAAUCCAAUAGAGGAGGGAAAGAGCGCACCAAAAUCGAGAUCAGACGGCACUACGACUAAGAAUAACGAUGACUUGAAGGGUGCUGCUAAUUCCUUGAAGAAAGAGAGGCAAGGACGAGGCGCUUAG